AUGGCGUUCAGGCGCGGCAUCUUUCCUCUCUAUGCGAACAUCCAUCAUGGAAUAAUAGCCCGCCAACACGGACUCCGCAGAUGCCCUCAACCCAUCGCAUCCUUCUCGACCCAAUUUGCUGUCGCAAACAAGCAUGCCAACUCUUCAAAAGGCCAGUCGCAAGGUGCUCCUCCGCAGGAUCCAGAAAUCCCGUCGUUCAGUUUCGACUCUCUGGGUCUGAGCAAGACUACCAAGACCGUUGUCCUCGUCAUUCUCGGUGUCUUUGGUACUAUUGAAAGCUGGUUCUGGGUCCAGACAAUUUGGCGCUGGUGGAAGAGCGACGCUGAAGAAACGAAGUAA